CCCCGCCCCCGUUGCCCGGAUACGCGGCGGCGCGCGGCCACUAGGGGUUAGGCUUGAGGGCCCAGACAAGCUGCGCGUGGGUGAGCGGGCGCUACGGGUGGGCGCCCCGCUGGAGGUGACCUCGGAAGGAAGUUCGAGCGCCCCUGAGCGGAGCGAUCUCCCUUCUGCGGCGGCGGAGUGGUUAAAGUAAACAAUGGCCAGUAAUCACAAACCUUCAGCAGCUCGCCCUGUGUCACGAGGUGGAAUUGGGUUGACAGGAAGGCCUCCUUCUGGAGUACGACCCCCAUCAGGAAAUAUUCGAGUGGCGACUGGAAUGCCACCUGGAACAGCAAGACCAGGCUCUCGGAGUGGUCCCAUAGGAACAGGAGGAGUUCUGUCUUCUCAAAUCAAAGUUGCUGAUCGUCCUGUAACACAGCAAGGUUUGAGUGGAAUGAAAACUGGGAUGAAAGGUCCCCAGAGGCAAAUAUUAGACAAAUCUUACUAUCUUGGGCUUCUUCGAAGUAAAAUAAGUGAACUUACAACAGAAAUUAAUAAACUUCAGAAAGAAAUAGAAAUGUACAAUCAAGAGAAUUCAGUAUAUUUGUCAUAUGAAAAGAGAGCUGAGACUUUAGCUGUUGAAAUCAAAGAGUUCCAAGGACAACUAGCAGACUACAACAUGUUGGUAGAUAAACUUAAUACCAAUACUGAAAUGGAAGAAGUAAUGAAUGAUUACAACAUGCUUAAAGCUCAAAAUGAUCGAGAAACACAAAGUAUGGAUAUCAUAUUUACUGAAAGACAAGCGAAGGAAAAACAAAUUAGAAGUGUAGAAGAAGAAAUUGAACAGGAAAAACAAGCAGCAGAUGGCAUUAUCAAAAAUAUGUCUCCUGAAAAGCAAGUCAAAUACAUGGAAAUGAAAACAACAAAUGAAAAAUUGUUGCAGGAACUAGAUACACUUCAGCAAGAACUAGAUUCACUGAACAUGAAAAAAGAGAGUCUGGAAGCUGAAAUAGCACACUCCCAGGUAAAACAGGAGGCUGUAUUGCUGCAUGAAAAGCUUUAUGAGUUGGAGUCUCAUCGAGAUCAAAUGAUUGCGGAAGACAAAAGCAUGGGAUCUCCGAUGGAAGAGAGAGAGAGAUUACUUAAGCAGGUUAAAGAAGAUAAUCAGGAAAUAGCCAGCAUGGAGCGACAGUUAACAGAUAUAAGAGAAAAAAUAAAUCAAUUUAAUGAAGAAAUUAGACAACUUGACAUGGAUUUAGAAGAACACCAAGGUGAAAUGAAUCAGAAGUACAAAGAGCUCAAAAAAAGGGAGGAAAGUAUGGACACUUUUAUUGAGACUUUUGAGGAAACUAAGAAUCAGGAGCUGGAACGGAAGGCGCAGUUAGAGGCCCACAUUGUCGCCCUUCUGGAGCACUGUAGUCGAAAUAUAAAUCGUAUGAAACAGAUAUCCUCUAUCACCAAUCAAGAGCUGAAGAUGAUGCAGGAUGAUCUCAAUUUUAAAUCUACUGAAAUGCAGAAAUCACAAAGUACAGCUAGGAAUUUGACUUCAGAAUUCUGCAUUCUGAAACACAACUGCCUAGGAGUUUUACAUAAGGGAUUAUGGACCUGUAAAUGCAUACUGAAUGCUGUUAAUGUACAACUGACUUUAAAUUGAUGAUGUAGAAGAGGAACAUUUAAUAGCAGCUUGAUGUUUGAUUUCCCAUUAGAAGAGAACCUGGAUAGAUAAUGAAACUUAAUUCCCAGGAAAUUUUGCUAAAUCUUAUAUUAAGAAACCUACUGAUUGCCUGCUCACAUAUUAGGGGCACGUCCUGGUAAGAGGGAGACUAAGUGCCAAAGUCUGUGUGUAAACUCUGCCAAGUCCUGAUCUGACUGCUGAGCCGUGUCUUCGUGGGGUGGACUUUCGGGGACCCAGGAAAAGCAGCAGCUGGAAGUUGGAAGAACUCAGUACGGAGAUGUCAGGUGCUGCCCACUCCAAAGGAGAAAAGUGUUGAGUUUCAGUUCAGCAAAGUUUAUUGCUCAUGUAUGAUGUAAAUCAGCACUCUUCACAGGAGCGCAACAGAAUCCAAAGUCUCUACAGCAUAGCAUUUAAAAUGUCUAUUAUGCAAUAAAAAUUUACUAGACCUGUGCAGAAAUGGGAAAAUGUGAGUCAAGGGGAAAGCAGUCACUGUAAUACACUCGACCUGAGAUACUCCAGAUGGUGAAAUGAAAAGAAAAAGACUUUCAAAGUUUAUAAACAUAUUUAAGGGCUUAGAGGAAAAUAAAAUCAUAAUAAAUGAACAGAUGGAGAAUCCCACAGAGAAAUGGAAAUUGCAAAAGGAACCAAGUGAAAAUUCUGGAAUUGGAAAUCUAACUAAAAUGAAAAAGUCACUAAAUGACCUUAAUGGAGGAUGGAAGACAGCAGAAAAAAUGUCAGUGAACUUGAAGAUAGAGGAAUAGAAAUUAUCCAGGCCAAAGAAGAAAUAAAAAUGAACAGGGCCUAAAUGACCUAAUAGACUAUUUCAAGCAGUCUAACAUACAUGUAAUUAGAGUUCCAGAAGGAGAGGAGGAACAGAGCAGGGGGGAGAAAAGAUAGUUGAAGAAAUAAUGGCCAAAAAUUUCCCAAAUUUGAUGAAAAACUUAAUUUUACAUAUCUAAGAAGCUCAUUAAACUCCAAACAGGAUUAAUAUAAAAACUCCUCACCUAAGCACAUCGUAGUUAAACUGUUGAAAUGCAACAAUAAACAGAAAACCAGGAAAGAAGCUAGAGAAAAAUAACAUGUAUAUACAGAGAACAAUACAUUUCACUAUAAGAUAAAUUUUGUCUUAAAAAUUGAUUUGGAUUUUGUAUUUUACUCCAAAAUGUUAACAUAGAAAUCUUUCACUCCUAAAUCCCUAAGUAAUAAAAGGAAGAUGUUCGUGUGUGGCUUUUGA